AUGUGGCGUAACACACCUUGCGCCCGUGCGGCCCUGGUACAUGAUGUAUAUAUACUGCGCAAAUGGGGGGAUAAUGGUCGGCGGGCGAUAAAUUCGUUCCGCCGCCCGCCGCCUGGGGGCGCGGUCCAUUUGCAUCUUUAUGUGCUCCUCGCCGUCUCACUCCGUUCGCGGUCGCGGCGGUUUUAUUUCGACGUCCGGCGGGUCGUUGACUGCGGCGUCGUCGCGUCCGCUCGUCGCGAGAUGGCGCUGUUAAAGGGAGGUCGCCCCCGACGCGGUGUCACGCUGACGGUGCGCCUCUCGGUGCCUCGU